AUGGCCAGCUCUGUGCUGCCUCCCGUGCCGCGCUCCAUUGGCAAUUGCCAGCGCGAUCUGGCGUACAGCUUCGAUGCGGGCCCUGCGGUGUGGCAUGCGCAGCUGGACGACAUCUUCGCCCAGAGCGGCGGGCACUACACGGCGUUUGUCAAUGGGGCACUGGCCGACGGCGCAUGCAUCUACGACGAGAGCAACGUGGCCAUGCUGCGCGCAUCGCUGCUCAAGGGCCACCUCAUCGCCAGCCAUACGUGGUCGGGCGCGCGCCUGAGCGAUCUCACGCAGACGCAGAUCGACGCGGAGGUCGAGCUGCUCGAGGAGGCGACGUGGAAGACGCUCGGCGUGGUGCCUGCCUUUAUCCGCCCGCCACACGGAGCGUGCGAUGCCGCCUGCGUCGAGUACCUCAACUCGAGACACGGCCUCAGUGUCGUGACAUGGGACACGGACUCGCGGGAUGCAAUGGGCGCCUCGCCCAUGACCAGCAUCGACGUGCUCUCCUCUUGCACGUAUCCCGACCCGCACAUGCCCUUGGCUCAUGAGAUCUUCGAGGCCAGCAUCGAUACAGUUGCUGCGACGAUGGCGCCGCGCUACCGAGCGAUGGGCUACGAGCUGCUGACGGUGCAGCAGUGCCUCGGAAAGGCAUCUCCGUACAAACUCGUAGGUGCGCCUCAAGAGCGCGACGAGACGUGGACGUGCCAAGGCAAGAAGGCCUCGUCGGCCAGCUGGGGCGACAUGUGA